UUUCAUUAAACCGGAAAUAGAGAUAUAGAGAAUUGUAGCAUGUAUAAAAAUUUACUUCCUAUUUCACUUGCCUUGUGAAGGUUUGUCUGAUCACGAUUUGUACAUCACGUCCAUUUGAGCGUGAUCCACGUUUCGUGUCGUAAGACUUAAAGAAUGCGUUACGUGGCCGCUUAUCUUUUGGCAGUUUUGGGAGGGAAGACAUCUCCCAGCCAAAAUGAUAUUGAAAAAAUUCUUUCUUCAGUCGGUAUUGAAGCUGAUGGAGAAAAAUUGAAAAAAGUAAUUACAGAACUAAAUGGAAAAUCCGUUGAUGAUGUUAUAGCGCAAGGUCGUGAAAAACUAUCUGCUCUACCAGUUGGAGGUGCUGCACCAGCGGCUGCCGCUGCUGCUCCGGGAGCAGCUGCUGCACCAGCUGAGGAAAAGAAAGAAGAGAAGAAGCCAGCUAAAGAAGAAUCUGAAUCUGAAGACGAUGACAUGGGCUUCGGUCUGUUUGAUUAAAGAGGAAA